AUGAUCACGUAUUUGAGCAUCGAAUUGGCGGGACCAUGGUUUGUUGAAUCAUGCCACUGACGGAAACGGAUAUUACGUUGGGAAAUGCCAAGAUACAAAAACAAAGCGUUGUGAUUGUUUCUCGUUUGUCCGACAGUUUCGACAAAAACUAAUCGUUUUACGUAUUUUAUUCACUCAGUUCUAUCUACAAAGUAUUUUACAUAUUCUAAAAAGUGACUUACAGCUCAAAACGUUAAAAGCUGACCAGUGAUCAUACAGACAUCGACAUAAUUGUUACUUUUAUUAACAUAACCUUAAUUUGGUAAAUGACAGAUUUCAACUUUUUUUCUCCAAAAACACGAAUAAUUUUUCUGAAUUAAUGAUAUUCCGUGUUUAAAAUAUUAAUUAAGAUUAUCCCCCUAUUAUCAGAAAAGUCUGCCAGGCUUUAGUGGUCUAAACGUGAUUAAAACUCGAGUGAUUUGGAGGCUAGCUGUCAGAAUGUUACUCCAAAAUUCUUGUUCUUGUAUAUUAUAGUUUUAACGGUUUUUCCAGUUCUUUGUCUUCAGUUUGCCUCAUACUAUAAAAUGAGGCUUUUAUGGGGUAUUUUACUGUUCAUUGUUAGUGAGUGAGUAUUGUAGAUAAAAUGAGUGCCGAAAACGAAUUCAGUUUGGCCGCCAGAUAUCGAACCGUUCGAAAGCACUUGGAUGGCUUGGGAUAUAAACCAAUUUUACCGUUGGAUGCUCUUCCUCUGGUAGAAAAUCUUUUGGCGGAUUUGAUUCAAACUACCGAUAGUCUCAAGCACUUCAAGUCCGUCGCUCAAGAUAAAAUCGAGUCUUGCAUUCAGGUGCAGUUGGCAGGUGACCCUUACAAAUGUGACAAUGCGAGGCUGGUUCAGGAAAACAAGGAGUUGCAUUUUGAAUUAUUGCGAGAGAAACAAGCCCAUCAAAAGCAGCUGGCUGAUUUGAAAAAAAGUCUGCGAAAAAUAGAAUUGGAACGCAGUGAUCUUCAUUUGGCUUCGUCUCGUAAUCUUCAAAGGAUCAAGGACAUCGAAUCUCAGUCUGCCAAUAAGUCCAAAAAAAUUCUUGAGUUGCAGGGGAAGUGUUCUAAACCUGUCAUAAAUAACGCCUGUCUUGCUACGAAGAAGCGAACUUGUAACCCUCUACGAAGACUAGUUUCUGAAAGCGAUUCCUUACCGAGGACGAAAAGUAGUUCGGUUUCCUUGCCAACUGCUAAAAAAGUAGAUCCCCAGGUGGUGGACUCUGUUGCGAUGGCGGAUCACAGGAUGAACUGUCUUAAUCGUGAGCUAGCGUUAAAGGAAAAGGAAAUUUCCCGAUUGAGGGAAAUACUUGAAGAUGGCCGACCUUACAGCGCAGUUUCUAAAGACUGUUUUUGUAAAAACUCUGAGAAAAGUUACAGCUUACGAAAUUAUUGUGAGGGCAUCGAUUCGACAAUUUUGCAGCAAGCAAAAUGCGAUUUGGAACGUCAACUUAAAGAUGCAUUGAAUAAACAGCACGAAGCAAUGUCCCAAGCGCUGAAGUUAGCAGAGCGGAAUGAAGAAUUAGAAAAAGAAUUGAGAGACAUUGACCACAUCGCAUUGGCUGUAGAAGCCGACUGUAAUACAACCGUCAAAGAAAACAAUAGAAGAGUUUGUAGGUUGCAGGAAAAGUUGGAAGAUGUUAUGUCGCAGGUACACGCUCUUGAAAGUGAAUUAAUCGAAGAGAGGCGAAGAGCACAAGAGUUAAAAAGUGACAUGGAUACAAGCAAACUUGAGAAGUUGGAUCUUCAACGAAUACUUGAAUCAACUCUGGAGGAGAAGAAGAGAUUGACAGAUCGAAUUAAUCAACUCACCGCUAAUGCAUCAAAUAAUCGGAAAAGUUCCCUAUCAUCUUCAAGACAAUGCAAUAAUACAAAAACAAAUAAUAGGGAUUUCAAUGAAGAGGAAGAAAUUGUGAAGGAAGACAACAGGCAAAUUUCGACCGACAUCCAAAGGAUUCUCUACGAAAAAGAAUCAACUAUACUUAGUUUGCAGAACAAGUUGAGCGACCUGGAAGCAGAGCGAGAUUACUUCAGAACAGAGUACAAUAAAUUUCGAGACCAGUAUAACAAACAAUCUAACAAUGAUAACGCAACCAUGGAUCGUUUAGAACGCGAGAGAGACUUGGCGAGGGGAGAUGUCGAGCGUUUGGUAGAAGAACGUGAUGUCUUACGUGAACGAUUGAAGAUGGCUACAGAGUCACAUACUUUUGAGCAAAGAGGGUUGAGGGAAAGCCUCCUUGAUCUAGAAACAAGGCUGGAACAUACUGAGCGCGAAAGACAAGAACUUCUGGUGACGCAGGGCACCAGGCGAGGGACCAUCAACGGCCUAGAGGAUCAACUCGAUGACAUGAAAGAGGAACUUAAGCAGACUAAACAAGAAUUGGCUGAUCAAAGGACACAGUAUUUUCAAAUGAGAUCGCUGCAAGAUCAAACGGAUCAAGCCCUCGGGGACGUUCAGGGUCAACUCUCUCAAUCGGAGGCCGAAUUGUCCAAGGCUAUCGAUCGCAAUAAAAAUAUGGAACAGCAGCAAGUACAACUGGACAAUCAAGUCAAGGAAUUGAAACAGGAAAUUAACACCCUACGAGCUAGCAUGACACAAAUAGAUCAGGAAAAAGAUCAGUUGCUGAUGAUUCUUGACAAGAAAACGGAGAGGAUAGCAGCUCUGGAACGAGAACUGCAGUCCAAGGAACAGCAAGCGAUGGAUAAGGAACAGCAAAUUCAAGAAUUGCAGCAUAUAAAUCAAAUAUGUGUGAACCAGAGUGCAGAGCAAGAGCGUCAGGUGCAUAGCAUGCAGAUCGAAAUGGAUAAUCUUCACAGGCAAUUAACGAGCUCUUCGAUAGACCGUGAGAACGCAAUUCAAGAAAACCGAAGGCUUCAGGAUGAUUUAGCUGCUGUUACUUGCGAAUUGCGAAAUCUUCAACGAGAACUGGAUGUUUGUCGGACUGAAUCUUUUGACGUCAAGAGACAACUUCAAACUUACGUCAGCGAAGUCAGACGUGCCGAAGAUCUUCUUAUCAGGAAGGAAAAUGAAAGGACAGAGAUGCUGAAUCACUUUCGAAGUCUAAGUUUAGAGGCAACAGUUUUGGAGAAUAGCAAUCACAGUUUAGAAACUGAAGCUGCGGAGGCAAGAGGAGCACUGCAAUCGGCUCGAGAUCGUCUUAUGGACCUUGAACAUCAAGUAGCAGACAAGGAUUGUUUGAUAAGAGGCUAUGAAACUCAGAUUGCCGAUUUGACUCAGAGCGUCGCCAGCUUGGAAACUCAAAUUCGACAACAAGAGAAUCAAAGAGAGAGGGCGGAGGCUGAUCUUAAUGCAGUAAGGGAUCUUUGUGUUAAGCUCGAUCAGCAAAAGGAUAAUCUUGUGCAGCAGUUAGGAGACAAAGAUUCUCUGAAAUUACAGAUCGAAUCACAAGUGAAUCGACUACGAACAGAAAAUGCAAUGGUUCAAGACCAAAUGAACAGAGAUCACGCAGCAAUCGGGCGUUUAGAAGAACUUUUGGAUCAAGCAAGACAAGAAUCAAUAAAUACACAAACGUCCAAUCAAGAGUUACAAAACGAAAUUUCAAGGCUCAAACAGAAAAUUGCCGAUCUUCAGAGUAGAUUAUCUUCUGAAUUAGCCGAACUCAGGAGAUAUCAGAACCAAGCUGCUGAAUACAACAAACAAAUAAGCGAACUUCGCAGACAAGUAACAAACGAGCGCUUUGAUCGAGCACGGAAAGACGAAGAAACUCGGAGCAGACAAUUCAGCCCCAGAGCCGGAUGGAAUCAUUCAACAACCAGAUAUUUCCAACUCACACCGGGAGUGAACCGAAUCUCUCCCAGAAUUCCAGCAUGGAUGGCGAACCGAUUUGGAGGGAGGACUUUUAAUUGUGAAUGUGCCAAAUGUUCAACAUUAAGAAAAUCACCAUUUUCUCCAUGCGAAGAUCAAAGCACUGUCUGCGUCCUACAAAUUCCCGGGGAAAAUCAGCAGGCAAUUAGGGUUCAAAUUGUAGAUAUGACUCCAGAAAAUGUUAUUGGUUCUUUUAAUAGGAUUGAAGAAGACAGUGAAGAAAAAUCAAAGGAAGCGGAAUUGAAGGAGAAACAAUUAAGGGAAAAUACAUUUAAGGACAAAGAAUUAUGGAAAAAGAAAUUUAAGGAAAAAGAUCUGCGAGACAAUGAGUUAAGAAAAAUUGAAUUAAAUAAAAAGGAAUUGGAAGAGGAAAAAUUAAAAGAAAAAGCGAUAUCAGCGAAAGAACUAGGAACAAAAGAAAAAUUGAGAAGUUCAAAAGAAGAGGAAAGAAGUUUCGCAAAAGCUACUCUUUUAUUCGUUAAGGACUCAAGUGUUCAAACCACGGAAAGCGAAAGCCAGAAUCAAACCGAAAAAUAUUUCGAAAGUCUCGCGGAAAGAAUUCUUCAGUCACUACAGAAUCUUGAAGAACAGCCCCAAAUUCGUCGAGAUAUGUCCACAGAACCACAUAUUCUUAAUUUUGAGCCAAACUUUCUUUCUGUAGAAUCUCGAAGCAUUGGGACUGAUUAUUGGGAACGAACAUUUCCAUAUCUCGAGUCCAGGGGAGUUCAGAGUGCGGAAAUUUUUAGUUUCCGGCCUUUUGGAACAAACAGUACGGCCACUUCACAUUUAUGUAGGACUACAUCCGGUUAUAGCUCCUCUUCACAAAAAACUUGGAACUCUCCUGGACGUUUUGCACGACGAUUGGAAAAAGAGGAACACUGUUUUUGUUGUGGAUCAGAGGGAACUUCUGGGUCUGGACAAAGUUUCAGGAAUUUUGAAGACAAUCGAAAGGUAAAAAAUGAUAAAGAGAAGAAGAAAGUUCCGAGUUCACCAAUUUCAGAUGUUGCGAGGCCCGAAUUCGUAAAAGUAUUGUUGGAAAUUGGAAAGUACACUUGUAGCUUAGAGAGACAAUUAGCGAAAAUGAAUGAAUCGUUGAAAACGAGCCGGGAGAUUGGAGUAGCUUCUAGAAGCGACGAGAGGAAUGCUUUGAUAAUUCCGGACAGAAGUCGAAGCAAGGAGGACCGUAAAUUGGUUUCUGAGGGUGAGAAAGAAGAUUCAAAUGCUAGAACGGCCUUGACUCCUAAAAGAGAGAACAUGCGGCCAAUGGGAACAUCUACCCCUAAAUCUUCAGAACCCAAUGACGAACAAAUUUGGGUUUCCCUUCCCGUAUACGCUGAAUCCGAAAUUGAAGACUGGGUUCCACAACAUAAGCAAAAUUUCCCAGGUGAGGAAGGAGCUCAAAAUGUACAAAUACAAAGUGAAACUGAAGACUUCGAUGAAGAUCGCAUACAGAAGACAAACCUCCGUUCAUUUAUGGCGACAUUUGGCUCUGACAAUCAAUCCCAAAAUAUUUCCGCACAGGAAGAAGAAGAAUCGCUUUUGAUUAUCAAUCCACCAGUUGCAUCUUCAACUCCCAAUUUGGAAGGAGAAGUUCCGCCUGCAACCAAAAAUUCCCUAAAUGCUUCCAGAACUACAACAUUUCUGGUCUUAAAUUCGCGAACUGGCGGUCAAGUUUCCGAUUUGAAAAAAAGUUUUGUAAGUGAAAAAAAUAAAACGAGUCCCUUUUCAAAUCCUGGACCUCCGGUUGAAACGCAGUCUUCGAAUUCAAGAAUAAACGCGGCUACUUCAACUUCACCAGAAUGUUUGGGAAUACUUACUCCAACAGGAAAUAAUCAAAAUCAAACAAUUUCCGGGAGAAAUUCAAAAAGUUCUGUGAGAAGUCUGAAAGGUACAACCAGACAAACGUUUUCGAUCUCUUCUCAUCGUCUUGGGUCAUUAGAUAGCACACAAUAUAUAGAUUAUUGAAACAGAAUACAAAAUUGUUCCAAAUGAUCUCUUUACUGUAUAAAUGUAAGAUCUAUAAUGUAAAAAAUUAAGUUUCUAAAUUUUCCUGAACCGGAAAGAAUAAUCAAUCGCCUGCAAGUAAAAAAGGCGGAAAAUACUUUCCGAGUAGAAAACUCGAAUUCAGAGUUUAUCAGAGUACUAGUUGCAAAACCAAGAUUUAAACGAAUUAACGAGUUUUAUCAAUAUUCGAAUAGAAAUUAAGGAUUUGUAACUAUAGGAAAUUUUAUACUGCCACGAGAAGUGUAGCUCAAUAAAAAGAUUGUAUAAAUACUGAGAACAAA